UAUGAAUCCGUAUAUAUAUAAAGUCAUUCGAUUUGAAUCGAGAAUGAGUCGACAUUCGUUUUUCAAAUUCGGGUUUCUAGGGUUAUUCAAAAUUGUUUUCGGAAGCGAAGCGGACUGUUGUUGAAGCGCUGUGUUCAUGCGGUUUGAAAGAUUUGGAUCAGGAAGUAGGAUUCCUGCUACGUCUUUGGAGAUAAUAGGAGUAGCUGAGUAAAUAUAAUAAAAAUAUGAUGGAUGACGACAAAUUAAUCAUGGGGGAAUUACAAAUAAUCAUUGGAGGAUUCGAUUAAUUAGUCAAGAAUCUGAGCUCUUCCAAAGCGGAUCGAUUCGUGAUGGAGAAAAUAUUUUCUUCUGAGGUCGUACUUCUGGGUAAUUCCAACGUUGGAAAGUCAUCGUUACUCUCGCUCUAUGUUAAUGGUGAUAUUCCUGAAAAAAUUCAACGCACAGUGGGAGUGGAGUUUCUGAUAAAAACCAUAGUUGAACCCCAUGUUACUACCAGACUGAAGAUCUGGGAUACAACGGGUCAAGAGCGAUUCAAGGAGAUAGUGCAAAGGCAAUACACAAAUCAUGAAGGUGCCCUGCUAGUAUACGACAUUCACGAUCGAAAGAGCUAUAACGACGUGAUACAAUUGGCCGAGGAACUCAAUGAUUGGACACAGAAGCCCAGAAAAGUUAUUGCCCUAGUGGGGAACAAAGCUGACAUACCAGACAAUCGAGUUGUAUCUACAGAAGAGGCGGAGAAAUAUGCCGAAAGAAACGGACUAAUUUUUUGGGAGACAUCCGCACACACCAACUUGAAUGUCCAUGGGUGCUUUCUCGAAGUCGCAACUGCUAUACGAAAUGCGAAAACAUUACUCAAGCAUAAAAGAUCGUCUUGGUACUUGUAAAUUAAAUGAAGUACAUAGUUUUAUUAUAUAUUUAAUAAUUUUUACAUCUGGGAAUCCCCGGCUUUGUCGUCCAUGUGAAUAAACAAUAAAAUGAAUGCUAAGCAAAAACCCAAAGAUGAAAAAUGAGAAGAAUAUGUGGAAAAUAAGCAAAUACAUGUCGAGUCAACAACUAUCCCCCCAAUGAUUUUACCUCCUGAAAGUGAAAAUAAAAUACUCGAAGAUUACGGGUCGGAUUUUAGCUUCGUGCGAAACCCUAUUGAACCAGUAAAAAUAUAUUCUCGAUUGUUUUGAAGUUGAUCGACCGAUAAAGUUAAAAAUGUAUAUUU